UGUAUCUCGGUGAGCAGUGGUGACGCGGUGCGCGCUGCUCGUUCGUCCACGUUGUUACCAUGGUUUCCACGUCCUUUGUAACUUUGGUGUUCUUCGUCUGCCUGCAAACGGUUCUACUCUCCACUGUGAGCAACUGCGCCAAGACGAUCAGCAUGUAUUGGAACACCACCAAUUCCAUAUUCCGAAUAGACAACACAGACCACAUAAUAGACGUGAACAAGAACAACGCGGCGUUCGAGUACGACCAAGUGAACAUAAUAUGUCCUGUGUACCAGCCAGGGACGUAUGACGAGGACGCGGAGAAGUAUAUUAUUUACAACGUGUCCAAGGAGGAGUACGAAACAUGUCGGAUAACGAAUCCGAACCCGCGGGUGAUAGCGGUCUGCGACAAACCGUAUAAGACCAUGUACUUCACGAUCACCUUCAGGCCGUUCACACCGCAACCUGGAGGGCUAGAGUUCCUGCCAGGUCACGAUUACUAUUUCAUCAGCACCUCGUCCAAGGAGGACCUCCACAAACGCAUCGGUGGCCGAUGCCACGACAACAACAUGAAGGUGGUCUUCAAGGUGUGCUGCGGCAACGAGGCAGACACCUCGUCGUCAUCAGCAACAUCGCGCAACAACUCCGUAGCCGUGACCAGCAGCACCGUGCCGAGCAGCAGCUCGACCAGCACCGCAGUUUUGAGCGGAGGAGCCCCUGGACUGCCACCCCUGCCACCACCAAGCGUCUUCAAGGGCGGAGAUCGAUUCUACCCAGGCAUUCAUCAUCAUCACGAUCAUCAUCCACCGGGCACGGCGGCGCCGACCCUGCCCAACGCGCCCCCUCCGGCCAUCUACCCCGUGCAUCCGCAUCAGCCUCCGAUUCACAAUGGACCGCCGUCCUCCUCGCCGCCCAAGACCUCGAUCGGCCAGAAGAAGAACAACAAGGAAUAUUCGAACCACCCGAACGAAGUAGUGAAGAACGAAGAAUUAACCUACAACGGGGCGAGUUCUAGCCGUGUUCAAGAUCGAUUCAGCCAGCUGCUGGUGGUGCUGAUGGGAAGCUUGUUGAUCAGCGCGAUCCUGCCGCAGUUAUUGCGGUGAAGCGACAACACUACCGACGAGAACGUAUAUCCCAUACGUCGAAACCCCUUUUUCUGUGAUUAUCCUACGUUUAAUUAAUUUCUUGAGGCACGCGUGUGCCCGCGCGUCCGCGCGGCCGCCCCUCGAUCGUGAAAAAUAA